CCGACUACAAACACCAGAGACCCGGAAGAGAGAAGCAGAGCCGCCGAAACUUGGCUGCCAGCGGCGGCGUCUUCUCUCCUUGUACUUUAUUGCUGGAAGGAAAGUUAUCAAGUAUGGGCCUCCCCACGCUGGAGUUUAGCGACUCUUUUUUGGACGGUCCAGACUUCCGAGAGCGCCUCAAGUGUCACGAAAUCGAGCUGGAGAGGACCAACAAGUUCAUCAAGGAGCUCAUCAAGGAUGGAAAUCUGCUCAUCGGCGCGCUAAGAAAUCUUUCUGCCGCUGUCCAGAAGUUCUCCCAAUCGCUGCAGGAGUUCCAGUUUGAGUGCCUUGGCGACGCCGAGACUGACGACGAGGUUAACAUAGCCCAGUCUUUUAAGGAGUUCUCCAAGCUGCUCAACACGGUGGAAGAGGAGAGACGUCGCUUGAUUCAAAACGCAGACGACGUCUUGAUCACUCCGUUGGAAAAAUUUCGCAAGGAGCAGAUCGGUGUCGCCAAGGAAGGCAAGAAGAAAUUUGAUAAGGAGACAGAAAAAUAUUACUCCACGCUUGAGAGGCACCUCAACCUGUCGUCCAAAAAGAAAGAAGCUUAUCUUCAAGAGGCCGACACACAUAUGAAUAAAGAGAGGCAACUUUUCUACGACGCGUCACUCGAGUAUGUUUUCAAAAUACAAGAAGUGCAAGAAAAGAAGAAGUUUGAGUUUGUAGAACCGCUCUUGGCUUUUGUGCAAGGCUUGUUUACGUUCUACCACGAGGGAUACGAGCUGGCUCACGAGUUUGAGCCAUACAAGCAGCAGCUCCAGUUCAACCUACAGAACACGCGCAACAAUUUUGUUAGCACCAAACAGGAAGUGGAGAAGCUAAUGAAAAGAAUCCGGUCGGCAGACCAGGACUACAAAGCUCCAGGCCCGUGGAGCAUGGAAGGAUUUCUGUAUGUACAGGAAAAACGUCCUCUUGGCUGCACGUGGGCUAGACACUAUUGCACGUAUGAAAAAAGCAGCAAGACUUUAACAAUGAGCAACACUGACAACAAGUCAGCCAAUAAGCAGAAUGGUGUCGCUCCCAACCAACAAGAGAUGUUCAAGCUCAAAUCGUGCAUUCGGAGGAAAACUGAUUCCAUCGACAAGCGCUUUUGUUUCGACAUUGAAGUGGUGGAAAGAAACGCCGUCUGCCGCGGAACACUUUUCAGGCCGCUUCGGUUAUUCUAUAAAGUCCGGCAUGGUGUGAUGACGCUGCAGGCGCUGUCCGAGUCUAACAGGAGGCUGUGGCUGGAGGCCAUGGAUGGCAAGGAGCCGAUUUACAACCUACCUGCCAUACUUAGUAAGAGAGAAGAGACAUUCCUCAACGAUGCCGGCUUCAACUUUGUGAGGAAAUGCAUCACCCUGGUGGAGAGCAGAGGCAUAAAUACGAUGGGCCUCUACCGGAUCGGAGGCGUCAACUCCAAAGUACAGAAGCUAAUGGCUACGGUGUUUUCAUCCAAAGCCCCCGCCGACAUGGACCUGGAUCCCGACACGUGGGACAACAAAACUAUCACUAGCGGCCUGAAAAAUUACCUCAGAUGUCUCUCUGAGCCGCUCAUGACCUUCAAGUUGCAUAAAGAAUUCAUCAUGGCUGUCAAAUCAGAUGACCAGAACUACCGAGUAUGCGCCGUCCACUCUUUGGUCCACAAGCUUCCAGAGAGGAACAAGAAGAUGCUGGAGAUGCUCAUUAAACAUCUUGUCGUCGUUUCCGCGCAAAGUCAAUCCAAUAUGAUGACCGUGUCCAACCUGGGCGUCAUCUUCGGGCCCACGCUGAUGCGCUCGCAAGAGGAGACUGUGGCCGCCAUGAUGAACAUCAAGUUCCAGAAUAUCGUGAUGGAAAUUUUGAUUGAAAAUUUUGGAAAAAUCUUCCAUCAACCGCCGGACCCCAACGUGCCGCUGGUGCAACCGCAGAGUCGGCCCGGUUCCCGCAGGAGCAGAGCCAUUUGUCUGUCAAACGGCCCUCGCAAGCCCAGAAGCAUCUAUACGCCCACACUCUGCCUGGCUGAUGCCGAAAGUCCGUGCAUAGGCGACCCGUGCAGCAGCAGUCCAGGCAGCACCCCUUCGGGCAGCCUGGCGUCUUUGUCGUCACACUCUUCUGAACACGACGGACCUCUAAAGCCGGUGACGCCACUCCCCGAAACUGCGUCCCUACGCUCCCGCGGCACCGACUCCGGGUCCAGUCCGGCUGGUCCGACUGACGCGGAAUCGGAGGACGCCCUUAGCGUACCCACAGUCACCGUCGUCGCCCCCAAAAAGGCCCCCCACCGCCACUUUCUUCAACCCAAACCCCCCGAUCUCACGGCUGCAACCUCGCUCAAGUCUCUACACGUGUCUGAAGGUGGCCAAAGGAAAUACUCAAAAUCCACCCAAAAUCUCUCCACACUGGACCUCAUCGAUCACCUGAAGCCGGCGGAAAACCCGGAGCUUCCGCCUAAGCUCGUGAUUCGGCGACGGGGUGCGGCGGCAGCAGCUGGAAAUGGAUAUCAAAGACCAGGCUCAGUGGUGGCAGCCAGAGCGAUGCUUUUCGAACACGGCGGUAACCAGCAGAUGAACGCUCUCGGGAGGGAAGCCCAGGCCGUCUACUCGUGCGAGGCCGAGCACAGCCAUGAACUCAGCUUCCCCAAGGGGGCGCACUUCACUAAUGUGUACCCGUCUGUUGAACCAGGAUGGCUGCAAGCGACGUACCACGGAAAAAAGGGUUUAAUCCCUGAAAAUUAUGUUAUUUAUCUGUAAUUUUUUCCCUCCCUCCAUGGUAUCCAUGGAAAAGUGCAGGACUGGUGGUUGUAACUGUGUAGUUUCUAGCUGCUUAAAUGGUGGCUAGAACAUGACAAACAUACCUCCUUUUACUUCUUUAUUUGGACAAAACGUUCUUUAAACGUGUUUUUAAUAAGACAGGCAUAAUUUGUCUUUUUUCCAAUACAUUUUUACGACCUCAAAAGACACACGAGAACCACUCGACAAGUUUUAUUGCCCUGAAAUAGCUUCAACAAUUUGUGAUUCAUGCUUUUAUGUAAAAACAGAUCGGCAAUCGGCCCUCGCAGCCUCACGAGUCAUGAAGUUUCCGACUAAAUUUGAAACGAGGACUCUUCAAGUCCUGGAAAAACAGUUUGAUUGAGUCUUUUUUAGUUCUAUGUAUUGAGCAGUCAAACAUCAGUUAAUUCAGGGGUGUCAAACUCAUUUUGGGGUGCCAUUGACAGCACCAGAUGUCCAAUCUACUUUGACUAGAAGGGCCAAAUGAACAUUUGUUUUAAAAUAAAAAUAAAAAAAAGUAAGUACUGUAAAUAUACUUUUAUUUAACUCCUUGAUGCCUCAAUUUAUAUUUUACAAAUAUAUUCAUUGUUACCUUAUUUUAUUUACAGUUUUGAAUAAGGAAUAAAAGUGAGUCAGUAAACAGUCUUCAUUUUUUUUUUUAAAUAAACAAUAAAUUAGGGCUGCAGCUAUCGAAUGUUUUAGUAGUCGAUUAAUCAAUGGACUAGUUAGUUCGAAUAAUCGAGUAAUUAGAUAAGGAAUAUGAAAAAUUAAAAUACCUCAGCUGAGCCUCAAACUUUUUUUUUUUCUUUUUUUAAAUGAGGAUCUAUGUACAACAAAAGAACAUUUGGCUAACUUGCAUUGAAAAAGUCCACUAGCUUAAAUGCUAUAAAAUGCUAAAGUUUUUUUUUUUUUUUUUUUUUUUUUUUUUACAAUGGUCUUAACAAAUGGUUUAGGCACAUAUUCCCACAAAAAUGGCAAAAUAUAGCCAUAAACUAAAUUCUGAAUGCAUUAAAAAACAUUAACUCAAACAAAAAGCUUACGUUGGUCUUAACAGGGAGCAGUUGGAUUAAGCCAUGUGAACAGAGGGCAGUGUAUCCACACUAAUCAAUAAAACUCAAUGCAAACACUUUCAAAAUAAACCAUUACAACACCACUUUUAUUAAACGAAUACUCGAAGCAACCAAAUUUAUUUCGAGUUUUUUUUUCUAAUCGAAUACUCGAGUUAAUCGAUUAAUCGUUGCAGCACUACAAUAAAUAUACACUUUUUACAGGCAUUUACCGAGUUGCGACGUACUCGAUUUACGCGUUUUCGACUUAACCACGUCAGAGUCUCGUCCACCAUUUUGUCUCCAGUUGUUGUUUUUUUUGUCCUCACAGUACAGUGGUACCUCUACAUACAAAGUAAAUCCAUUCCAGGAUCUUGUAAGUCGAAAUGGUCGUAUGUCGAGCAGGAUUUUCCCAUAGGAAUACAUUAUAAUUCCAUUAAUUCGUUCCAUAUCUCAAAAACCUACACUAAAUUCUUAAUAAAUACUGCUGGUACUAUGACAAAUUGCUAUUACCCAUAGCAAAACAAAUAAAUUACAAAUCAAAAUCGGAAUAAUAUAAUAAAAACAGUAAUAAUAAUUCCUGUAUUAAUGUAACGAAUCGGGUUCUAAUUUGGCGGACAUUUUUUGCUGUACCUGAACGCACCGCGGGGCUGACGUGCCAGAGACAGAAAGCGGUGACCUUGAGAGUUUCACUUUCAAUGUUACACCGUCAUUUGCGGCAGACAGUAGGCGUUUUGUGUUGAAUAGGUUGUGAAAUAAAUGAUAAAAAUGUGGCGAAGCUGGCAAAGAUGGAUUAUUUUUGCGUCUCUGCGGGGUCUGCUCGGCGAGCCGCUGCACUGGGGGUCCCACUCGUUUUGCUCGGUCGUCCAGCGCCUGGCCGCCCAGGCGUCCUCUCGGUUGUUUUGUUCUUCGGUCGGAGCGCCGCCUGGAAUCAUGCCGCCAGUGCUCUGACCGUGCUGCCCAGCUGUUCAUUGUUGUUGAAUCGGGUUGCGGGUCUUAUAAAAUGCGCUACUGCCCUCCAGUGGCCAGUUGUAUUGCUUUAAAAUAGGUUUGGAGCCUUGUUUUUUGUUUCUCAGAUAGAUCAAAAGUUAUAGAUGCUUCUUGUAAAAAAAAAAAAAAAAAAUUUUUUUUAUGCGAAAGACGUAUAAAUACGUUUUUGGGACAAUGAAGCAUUUAAAAAUAGAAUGUAUUUAUAUGUUUCUGGGAGCAAAUGAUUUAAAGGGUUAAUUCCGAUUCACGCGGGAAUUAGGAUUACGUCGCCAGUGUAGGAACUAGUGUUGCACCGAUACCAUUUUUUGGGCCCGAUACCGAUACAGAUACCUGGCUGUGCAGUAUCUGCCGAUACCGAUACCACUCCGAUACCACUCUGUUUGCAAAAAAAAAAAUAAUAAUAAAUACAUAUAUGUAUAUAUAUGUACGUAUAAGGGAUGCAACAAUACAGUUAAGUCACAGUUCGGUAUGAUUUUCGAUACAAUUCAAUACAUUUAAUGCUCUGAAACAGAAAAUACAACUGUUAUUAUUAUUUUGUUUUUUUUUAAUUUUAUUUUAUUGUUUUUUUUUUGCUAACAAGCAAAAAUAACAGUGCCAUCAUAUAAACAAGCAUUUUAGUGCAUAUUAUUUAUGUGCUUCUUACUGAGCUGUAGAAAUUUUGUAUAUAAGUGCUGAGAACAAUCUUUACUGUUUGUAAAGUGGGGCACACUGUUGAUUGCUGCAGCUCUCUUAGCAGCUAUAUUUACCAUAUAAGCAAAACAUCCUAUUUGUGGUCCGAGUCCAUCUGUAACAUGUACUGAAUUAACAGUAUUUGCAGAAUUAUCUAUAGUCAUUGGUAUGGAUUGAUUUGGCCUGCUUUAACUUCCAUUCAGUCAUGGCGGUUUCUAAUUCAUCAAUGGACAAUAUGGCGUCGCUCUGGGCUCACGCAGCUAAUGGCAUGGGAUCUGAUGUAGCACAUCUAGGUUUCUAUUUGAUGAUAUCUAGUGUGUGCGCGCGAGAGUUGGCAUGGGAUCUAACAUAGGACAUCUAGGUUGCUAUUUGAUGAUAUCUAGUGUGCGCGCUGCGCCGCUAGAGUGUUUUAUGGCCACAGAAGUCACUUCUGCUCAUUACUGCACAACACCAGUAUGUGACAUUCGACUUUCAUAAACUGAACGAGUUUGAAGUACGCCGCUCCUUAUUUGCCACUCAUUGUUCAUCAUGAAACCAUGAGUUUGCUUAGUCUCCCACGGUCUUAACCUUUCUGAUCCCAUCGGCGUUACAACAACAGGCGUUAGCUUACGCAUGCUAAUCGUUUGUGAAUGCCAUGUUAGAUUAGCAGCAUAACAUUGCGGAUAUACGUUGUAGUUAACAUCUUUAAUAUUGAGUUCGAAGGUAUUAAUUUCGUUUGGUAAAUUCGAGACAAAGACAUACAAAUGUCAUGCAUCGGGGUUUGGGAAGUUAGCUCACGUGGGGAGGACCGUACAUUAGCGUCCAAUUGAUGCCAGUAGAUGGUUUUGGCGCCCUAAAUGUUGGUACUCGUCGAUACCGAUACCAUCAAUUCGGGCCGGAUUGGCGCCCCCUGCCGAUACUGGUAUCGGUAUCGGCGCAACUUUAGUAGGAACGGAACGCGUUCCUAACUUGGGGACUACCUGAAUUUGUUUUCAGUUUGUUUUUUGUUUUUUUAUUUCUGAUAUUGCCUGAAUUCUGGACAGCAGAAAUUUUGUAAAAUUUCAUUUUAGUUAAUGCGCAUGAUUUAGUUUCACGGGCCACACAAAAUGAUGCGGCGGGCUGGAUCUGGCCCCCGAGCUGCCAGUCUGACACCCCUGACUUAAUUAAUUGAACAAAAUUCAGCAAUUUCUCCCAGAAAUCUCUCACAUGGAAUGACAAAGUUGGCUAAAAUUAUGCAUCGAAUGCAUAAAAUUCCUUCAAAGUAAUCCAUAGUUACACAUUUUCAGCCUUUAAUCACGUUUCAGUGAAAUUAAGACAUAAGAUAAUGGACGUCUAAUUCACUGUCUGGCUUGCCGUUUUCUUUAUCAUGAAUGAUUUUCUUGACCGUUUCCAAACCACUGCUGUAAAUGGAGCAACUUCACUUUACGAAUCUACUUACGGUACACGGGUGUACCCGCUUUUCCAUUUUUUUUAUUUUUAUUUUUUAUUAACUCAUUGACUGCCACUGAUAUUGAUAGACGUCCAGUCCAUUUGAAGUGGGAGGGCGGCAGCGACCCUCCCACAUGAAAUGGAUUGGAUGUCUACUAGUGACAAACUCAUUUAAAUUCACAAUAGAAGGAUGAAAUGAGCCAUGUGAUUGGACGUCAAAUGGCAUCGAACUGAAGAGUUAACAUACUCCCGGGAAGGAGAAGAAUGUCAGGUGGCCUUAAGUUUUGAUAGACGUGGGAAUAAACAUCGGUAAACUCCUAAAAAGUCAGGAGUUGAAGGGUGCGUGGUGGAAAUCCUGACUGUAACAUGUCUAUGUAUGUGGGGGUUGUUUCCUCUGCAAGCAACUACUGUACGGUCUGUAAAGGGCAUUCACAAUUUUACACCUUUAUAAAUAAACACAAUGAUGAA